UCUAUUUCCCUCUCUAGCUACCUGAAUGACCUAGACAGAAUAUCCAGUUCUUCCUAUGUCCCAACUCAGCAAGAUGUCCUGAGGACCAGGGUGAAGACAACCGGUAUUGUAGAGACCCACUUCACUUUCAAGGAUCUUCACUUCAAAAUGUUUGAUGUGGGCGGCCAGAGAUCCGAGAGGAAGAAGUGGAUCCACUGUUUUGAGGGAGUGACCGCUAUCAUCUUCUGCGUGUCUCUCAGUGACUAUGAUCUCGUCCUGGCUGAAGAUGAGGAAAUGAACCGAAUGCAUGAGAGUAUGAAGCUGUUUGACAGCAUCUGCAACAACAAGUGGUUCACGGAUACUUCCAUCAUCCUGUUUCUCAACAAAAAGGAUCUGUUUGACGACAAGAUAAAAAGAAGCCCGCUUACUAUUUGUUUCCCUGAGUAUACUGGUUCCAGCACGUAUGAGGACGCGGCCGCUUACAUUCAGUGUCAGUUUGAGGACCUGAAUAAGAGGAAGGACACCAAGGAGAUCUACUCCCACUUCACCUGCGCCACCGACACCAAGAACGUGCAGUUUGUCUUUGACGCAGUCACUGACGUCAUCAUCAAAAACAACCUUAAGGACUGUGGGCUCUUCUAAAACGAGCCAUCUCACUGUGUGACUGCGAGUGGCCUGAUGUGAAAUCUUUGGGAGAACUAGAGCAGGAGGAAGGUCAACCAUGAACCUAAAUGUUGAAUGCGUUACUUAACUUUAUAUUUAUGUUCUCCAAAAAAAUGUUUUGUUUGUUUUGUUUUUACUGCGUUUUAGGAAAAAAAAGAGCAUUUUGUGUAAAAUAUUUGUACAACUGUAAUUGUUGCUGAAGUUUUCACCAUUUGUAGACGUUGAUUUACAGGUCCUUUUUUAAGGGUAUUUUUCAUUCAAAGGGAUUUUGGGAA